AUGUAUAUCAAGUCGAUAGUUUUAGACGGAUUUAAAUCCUAUGGAAAUAGGGUUGAGGUGACCGGCUUUGAUCCAGAAUUUAAUGCUAUCACAGGCCUCAACGGAACUGGAAAGUCAAAUAUACUAGACUCAAUUUGCUUUGUAUUGGGCAUCACAAACUUGUCUAAUGUAAGAGCUGGAAGUCUGCAGGAGCUUAUAUACAAACAUGGACAAGCUGGCAUCACUAAGGCUACUGUUAGCAUAACUUUUGAUAACCGGGAUAAGCGCCACUGCCCUAUAGGCUAUGAGAAUCACGAUGAAAUUACUGUUACAAGACAGGUUGUAAUGGGUGGCAAAAACAAAUACUUAAUAAAUGGAAUCAAUGUACAGAAUAAGAGAGUCAGUGAUUUAUUCUGUUCUGUGCAACUAAAUGUUAAUAAUCCCCACUUCCUUAUCAUGCAAGGGAGAAUAACUAAGGUUCUCAACAUGAAACCUCCGGAGAUCCUUUCAAUGGUGGAAGAAGCUGCUGGGACAAGAAUGUAUGAAGCUAAAAAGCAAGCCGCUCAGAAAACUAUUGAGAAGAAAGAUGCAAAGCUCAGGGAAUUAAAUGAUAUUAUAAGAGAAGAUAUCGCACCAAAGCUACAGAAAUUGCAAGAUGAAAGAUCACAGUUCCAAGAGUAUCAGAAAGUAGUUAGGGAAUUAGAAAACCUAACUAGACUUUAUGUGGCAUGGCAAUAUGUUAAAGCGGAGGAAAGUGCUAAAGAAGCUGCAAGCAAAGUGACACAGGUCGAAGAUGACAUAAAGAGUAAGAAGGAAAACAUCAAGAAAAAUGAGGAAGAGGCCAAAGUUUCGGAGGAGCAGGUGACCGAAUUAAACCAAAGGCUGGAUGAGGAGAGCGGCAGCGCGUUGCGGGCGCUGCAGGAGCGGGCGCAGGCGGCGGAGGCGGCGGAGGGCGCGGCGGUGGCGCGCGCGCGCGGCGCGGCCGAGGCGGCGCGGGCGGCGGGCGCGCGGGCGGCGCAGGCGCGCGCCGCGCUAAGGGCCGACGGCGCGGCCAGGGCGGCCGCGGAGCGCGCGCUGGCCGCGGCCGAGGCCGCCUUCGGGGGGCUGCGCGCGGCCAGCGAGCGCAGCGAGGCCGCGCUGGCCGACGCGCAGCGGCGCUUCCUCGCCGUCAGCUCGGGCCUCGAGGGCGCCUCCGAGUCGCUGCAGGACCGGCUCAUCGCUGCAAAAAGGGAGGCUUCGGAAGCAUCUACACGCAUUUCCCAAAGCAUGAUGGAGAAGAAGCACGCGGAAGAAAGGCUGCGCAAUCUCGAACGCGAAUUCAAGUCGAGCAGUUCGCAGUACCAACGGGACCAGGACAGCAUUGCCAAGCACCAAGUGGAAGUUGAGCAAUUGCAGGGCCAGCUGUCGCAGAUGAGCUUCAGCGAGGAGCGGCGCGUGGAGCUGCAGGAGCGAGUGCGCUCGCUGCGCGCGGCCGUCCGCGCCAAGCGCGACGCGGCCGACUCGCUCGCAGCUCGGCUGCAGCGCUGCGACUUCCACUACCAGCCGCCGCAGCGCGACUUUGACCGCUCCAGGGUCGCAGGCACGGUUUGCAGACUCAUAGAUGUCCGCGACUCCAGAUAUUGCACCGCCUUAGAAACCGCUGCUGGAGGAAGGCUGUACAACGUGGUGGUGGACACGGAGGUGACGAGCAAGCUGCUGCUGCAGCGCGGGCAGCUGCAGACGCGCACCACCAUCAUCCCGCUCAACAAGAUCUCGGGGCAGGUGAUCGACCGGGAGACCGUGCGGCUGGCGCAGGAGAUCGUGAGUGUGGCAGACGGCGGUGGCGGUGGCGGUGGCGGUGGCGGUGGCGGUGGCGGUGGCGGUGGCGGUGGUGGGGAGGAGCGGCGGGAGCGGCUGCGGCCGGCCAUGGCGUGGGUGUUCGGCGGCACGCUGGUGUGCCGCGACCUGGACACGGCGCGCCGCGUCACGUUCCACCCGCGCGUGCGCCGGCGCGCCGUCACGCUCGACGGCGACGUGUUCGACCCCGCCGGCACGCUCUCGGGCGGCGCGCGCGCCAAGGGCGGCUCGGUGCUGAUGCAGCUGAGUGAGCUCAAGCGCCUGGAAGCGGAGCUACGCGAAGCAGAACAAGAGUUGGCCUCGUGCACCGCGGAACUCAACUCUAUGCAGCAGAUGGCUGAGAAAUACGGGGCGCUGCAGCAGAAGCUGGAGAUGGCGAGGCACGCGCUGCAGGUGGCCCAGGAACGGUGCGCUUGCACGGCGCAGGCGCAGCUGCACCAGGAGAUCGAGGCGCUGCGGCAGCGCGUGGCGCAGCUGGCCGAGGCGCUGCAGGCGGACGAGGCCGCGCGGCGGGACAGUGCCGAGCGCGCGAGGGACCUGGAGGCCAAGGUCAAGGACAUCAAGGGACACCGCGAGAGAGAGUUUAAGAAGGCUGAAGAGGAAUUAAAGCGGGCUAAGGAGGAAGCGGAAAAGCACAGCAGCUCGUGGGCCACGCGGGAACAGGAGUUUGAGACGCUGAAGUUGGAAGUGAGCGAGCUGCAGAAGGCAGUGCAGGCCGGAGAGCAGCAGCUGGCGGAGAUGGACGUAGCCGCCGAAGCUUUGAAGCAGGCGAUGCUCGAUGCCCAGCAACAGCACCAAGCUGCUCUUAAAGAGGCGAAGGAUCUGCAGGGCGAGAUAAAGCGUCAAAAGGCGGAGAUAGCGAGCCGGAACGGGGAGAUAGCGUUGCUGUGCCAGAAGAAGGAGCGGCUGCUGAAGGAGAACGGCGAGCUGGAGCUGCGUGUGCAGGAGCUGCAGUAUGCGAGGAAGGAGUUGCAGGGCGAGGCGUCUGGGUGCGCGGAGCGGAUGGCGGCGCUGGAGCGCGAGCACGGCUGGAUCUGCGGCGAGCGCGAGUUCUUCGGGCGCGCGGGCGGGCUGUUCGACUUCGGCGCGCGGCAGGCGCACGUGGCGGCGCCGCGGCUGCAGCAGCUGCGCGCGCGCCGCGACGGCCUGGCCCGGGGGCUCAACGCGCGCGCGCACGCGCUGCUCGCCAAGGAGGAGGACCAGUACCAAGAUGUGAUGCGCAAAAAGAAGAUUGUGGAAGCGGACCGUGCGAAACUUGUCCAGGUGAUGGCAGAAUUGGAUGAAAAGAAGCAACGCACCUUGGUUGCUGCAUGUGAACAGGUGAACCGGGACUUCGGGUCGAUCUUCAGCACGCUGCUGUCGGGGGCGCAGGCGCGCCUCACGCCGCCGCCGGGCCUCACCGUGCUCGAAGGGCUGGAGGUGAAGGUGGGGUUCAACUCGCAGUGGAAGGAGUCGCUGGGCGAGCUGUCGGGGGGCCAGCGCUCGCUGGUGGCGCUGUCGCUGGUGCUGGCGAUGCUGCUGUUCAAGCCGGCGCCGCUCUACAUCCUGGACGAGGUGGACGCCGCGCUCGACCUCUCGCACACGCAGAACAUCGGACACAUGCUCAAGCAGCACUUCAAACACUCGCAGUUCAUCAUCGUGUCGCUGAAGGACGGCAUGUUCAACAACGCCAACGUGCUGUUCCGCACGCGCUUCGUGGACGGCAUGUCGGCCGUGCAGCGCACCGUCAACAGCGCGAGA